AUGGUUGGGCCCGGUCCUGGAAGGGGGUCGCGCGUCGUCUUCGUCGGCAACAUCCCAUAUGACAUGUCAGAGGAGCAGUUGACUGACGUCUUCCGAGAGGUGGGCAAGGUGGUCGGAUUCCGCCUGGUCAACGAUCGCGACACGGGCAAGUUCAAGGGAUACGGAUUCUGCGAGUUUGAAGAUCCAGAGACCGCAGCCUCUGCGGUGCGAAAUCUCAACGAAGUCGAAGUGGGCGGCCGCCCCCUGCGCAUCUCGUUCGCGGACAUCGACCCGCUCAUGGAAGGACGCUCGACACAGCACGGCCAGUUUGACCAGGAUGAUCUGCGCAGAAGGGCAGCAGCGGCUGGACGCGCUGGCAGGCCAGGGACAUUCGGCCAUGCAGGCCCGACCCGUGGAGGAGGAGCAGUGGGCUCGGGCUGGCAACAGCGCGAUAAUGGCUUCGGCCAGCGACCUUUCGGCGGUCCUGGCGGCGCUCCAUAUGGUGGACCUGGCGGACCUCCUGGUGCGUAUGGCGCGCCAGGAGCAGGGCCCAUGGGCGCGGGUGGUGGACCGAUGACAUUGCCGCCGAAUCUGCCAGCUGGUGUGCCGCUGCCACCAGGCGUGGGCGCGACGGAUGCCAUCACACAAACGCUGGCAACGCUACCGCCCAACCAACUGCUCGACAUCAUGAGCCAGAUGAAGUCGCUCGUCACAACAUCUCCGGACCAGGCGCGGGCUCUUCUCACUGGCCACCCGCAGCUUGCCUAUGCGCUCUUCCAGGCCAUGCUUAUGAUGAACGUCGUGGACCCGGACAUUCUGCAGCGCAUCCUCGCCGCAUCGGGUACGCUGCCUGGUGCACCGGCCGCUGCUCCUGCUGGAGCGCCUGGAGCCGUUCCGCCUCACAUGCAGCAGGCUGCCUCCAACAAUGGCGGAGGAUCCGCGACACCGCCUCAACACUACGGCGGAGCACCUCCGCCCGGAGCCUACCCGCCUUCUGCCCGCCCACCUCCCGGGCCAUACGGUCAGCUUGGCUACGGCGCCCAGCCACCUGCGCCGCAAGCGCCCGCUGCCAACGAUCCGAUCGCAGCGCUCGCCGGCCAGAAUCUUCCCGAGGAGCAGAAGGCGCUGCUCAUGCAGGUACUGCAGCUUACGCCGGACCAGAUCAACGCGCUUCCUGCCGAUCAGAAGGCGAGCAUCAUGCAGCUCAAGGCGCAGUUUGGACAGGCCUGA